CCUCCCCUUUCCUUUCCGCCGGGCAAUGGCUGCAGCGAAGGCCUUGGGGGCUGCUGCCCGACUGGAGGAAGACUGUGGUGGGACCCGCGGUGGAGUUGGGAGUGGUGGUAAUGCAGACAGUAAGGAUUGUAUCCUGGAGCCGCUUUCCCUGCCAGAAAGUCCAGGUGGCACCACCAUUUUAAAAGGUUCUCCAUCUGUGCCUUGUAUUUUCUGUGAAGAACAUUUUCCUGUGGCUGAACAAGACAAACUUCUGAAACACAUGAUUAUUGAGCAUAAGAUUGUCAUAGCUGAUGUCAAGUUGGUUGCUGAUUUCCAAAGGUAUGUUUUGUAUUGGAGAAAGAGGUUCACUGAACAGCCCAUCACAGAUUUUUGUACAGUGAUCAGAAUCAAUUCCACAGCCCCACCUGAAGAACAAGACAACUAUUUUUUGUUGUGUGAUGUUUUACCAGAAGAUAGAAUUCUUAGAGAAGAGCUUCAGAAACAGAAACUGAAAGAAAUUCUGGAACAACAGCAGCAAGAACGAAGUGAUACCAGUUUUCAUGGCAGUUGUAUGUUUUGCAGUGAGGAAUUCCUCGGAAACAGAUCUGUUCUUUUAAACCACAUGGCUAGGGAACAUGCUUUCAACAUUGGAUUGCCUGACAACAUUGUGUACUGCAGUGAAUUUCUGUGUACAUUACAAAGAAAGCUUGACAAUUUACAGUGCUUAUACUGUGAGAAGACUUUCAGGGACAAAAAUACACUUAAAGAUCAUAUGAGGAAAAAGCAACAUCGUAGAAUCAAUCCCAAGAACAAAGAAUAUGACCGAUUUUAUGUCAUCAAUUACUUGGAAUUUGGAAAAUCAUGGGAAGAAGUUCAACUGGAAGAUGAUCGGGAAUUCCUAGACCAUCAGGAAGAUGAUUGGUCUGACUGGGAAGAGCACCCAGUCUCUGCUGUCUGCCUAUUUUGUGAAAAACAAGCAGAAACAGUCGAGAAAUUGUAUGUCCACAUGGAGGAUGCGCACAAAUUUGAUCUCCUCAAAAUAAAGUCAGAACUUGGAUUAAAUUUCUAUCAGCAAGUGAAACUGGUGAAUUUCAUUCGGAGGCAGGUUCACCAGUGUAGAUGUUAUGGCUGCCAUGUGAAGUUCAAAUCUAAAGCAGACUUAAGGAGUCAUAUGGAAGAAGCUAAGCAUAUUUCACUGCUUCCUGAAAAAAAGAUAUGGGACCAACUACAAUAUUAUUUUCCAACCUAUGAAAAUGAUGCUCUCCUGUGUACACUAUCUGACAGUGAAAGUGACCUGGCAUCUCAGGAACAAAAUGAAAAUGUGCCCAUCAUCGGUGAGGAUACAUCUAAACUGCAGGCUUUGAAACAAAGUAGUGUUUUGAACCAGUUGCUUCUACAAGAUUGCUUGGAAAGCUAGAAGAAACUGCUGCAGAAGCAAUUUGUCAUCUUUUUCACUCAUAAGACACAUAGGAAAGAAUAGCUUAAAUGUAAACAUCAGCAAAGGAUACUCCUUGGUGAAAUAAACCUUUUAAAAAUGAACACUUGUUUCAAAAAAUAAAGCAAAAAGAAAAAGA